CGGCGGAGGGGCGGGGCCGGGAAUGGAGCCGAAAUGGCGGCGCUGGGACGUCAGUUUCACUCUUUGCACUGAUUCAUCAAACGAGGAACAAGCAGAGAAAAAGAAACUGAGCACUUGAAUAUGGCUGAAGUUGAUGAGCAGGGACAGCAGGACAUCGAGAAAAAAAUCAACGAGACGAGACAAAGAUUCAAGAGUGAAUACCUCCAAGAUUUGCCAGACAACAAAUAUGACUCCAGAGACUUGGAGCGACUUCAGAGAGAUGAUGCUCUGGUGGAAGGAUACCUGUCAUGGAGACUGUACGUCGUUGACGACGCCUUGAAAAUGAUUGAUGAGAGUUUUCAGUGGAGAAAGGAAUACGGUGUGAACGAUCUCACUGAGAGCAGCAUUCCCAAGUGGAUGUUUGAGACUGGUGCCGUCUAUCUUCAUGGCUAUGACAAAGAGGGCAACAAACUCUUCUGGUUCAGAGUGAAGCUACAUAUCAAGGAUGCAAAAACAGCAUGGGACAAGAAGAAGCUUAUUGCUUUCUGGCUUGAACGGUACGCAAAGAGAGAACCCGGGAUGCCGCUCACUGUUGUGUUUGACAUGACAGAGUCUGGCUUCAGCAACAUAGACAUGGACUUUGUGAAGUACAUUAUCAACUGCUUCAAAGUAUACUACCCCAGGUUUUUAUCCAAAAUGGUCAUUGUGGAUAUGCCUUGGGUGAUGAAUGCCGCAUGGAAGAUUGUGAAGAGCUGGUUGGGUCCUGAGGCAGUCAACAAACUCAAAUUUGUUGCCAGAUCUGAAGUGCAGACAUUCAUCGGGCCCGAGUACCUCCCGUCUUACAUGGGAGGAACGGAUCCCUUCAAAUAUACCUACCCCCCUCUUCCUGAUGACAACUUCCAAUCACCUAUCUGUGAGAAUGGCCCAAUUGUCAGUGAGGACGACACAGAGAGUAAAGAGGGUGAAUCGGACACCAGAGAGACACUUGAGUCCAGCUUUAACUCAGAGGUUUCAGUAAAACCCAAAAAGGUGAAUUUCCAUGAAGACAACGAUAAAGGGGAGUCCACUUCGCGGACCAAAGGAGCCAGGAAGCCGCUGACCACCUUCAAAGGCCUUUUACUACACGUUAGCCCUGCAGAAGAGCUCAGCUUUGGCUCCAAAGAAACAGAAAAGAAAUGCCUCAUAAUCCUGAACAAUGUGACCAAAAACCAAGUGGCCUUUAAGGUUCGAACCACAGCGCCUGAGAAGUACCGAGUGAAGCCCAGCAGCAGCUCAUGCGAACCAUCUGUCUCCGUCGACAUCCUGGUGUCCUUACACGGAGGAUAUCAAGCCUCUCCACAGGACCGAUUUUUGAUCAUGGCUGCUGAGAUGGACAGUGUGGGGCCACAAGAUCUUGCCCAAUUUUGGAAAGAAGUACCAAAAACAAAGAUUAUGGAGCACAGAUUGCGUUGCCAUGUUGUGGAGAGUGUAAAUCCACCACUUAGCCCUCUGGCAGACAGUCCUGUGCAGACAGGAACCAGCAUGGAGCCGGAAUUAAACACAUCACUAAUGCAAAUGGUGGCCCGCAACAAGCGUUUGGAGCACAAACUGGAUUCAUGUUUGUGGCUUCAGAAGGUUCUGGUUGUGUUGGUGCUGGUGCUGAUGAUGUUUAACCUGUUGUGUCUCCACCUGCUCCUCACGGCCGACCGGCCAUCCUGACCGGCCACAGCGCCCCCUGCCUGUACGCGACAGUCGACACUACCGGAGCGAUGGUAGUGCUAAGCUCACCGAUCAAACCAGAACAGCCUUUCUCCUUCCCCUCACCGCUCCUCCCCCCAAGGAUGAUGUCACAGAGAGGGGAGGCACCAGGAAGCAAUCAAUAUGAAGGUUUGUUUUAUUUGUCUUGUUUUCAGGCACUUGAGAUUUAAUUUAGCAGACUCUUUAUGAAGUAGCAGCAAAUUAUUAUUAAUGUGUUUUUUAUGACCACUCAGUGUAUUUAUUGAAGAAGUCACAAUAUGUAGAAAUCUGUAGUUAUUUUUGAGAUCAUCAUGUGCAAUUUUAUAUUCUCUAUAUCUGCAGUGUAUCUGAAUAAAUAAUGUGCUGUCAUCUCA